AUGAAGGACUGUACAAACUAUGGCAGCGUUUCUCCGCGCGCACAAGAAGUACUCAAGUACCGUGUUGAUAGACGUUCGUCUCCCGAACUUCAAUGGCAUGAAAUAUGCAGGAUCUUAUUUGGAAAGCUCGGCGACGCACUGAACCCACACCAUGACGGCAUUUUCAAAGAGAUCACAGGAAUAAUACGUGUUAUAUGGAGAGAGGAAGAACAGAACAUCAUCUCCAGUUUGAGGGGUACACUAAAUGUUCCGUGCGCAGAUGAGUUGCGCCCAUUGCUGUCUGGGAUUCUCAGCAGAGUUGAGAGCUAUUUCGCACAGAGGGAGCAGACAGCCGCAGAGGAAAGUCUGAAGGAACCAGUCGAAAAGACUCAAGUUACUGGAAAGGUGAUUCUGCAGGCCGAAACCUCGGGACAUGCCUGCGAGUCUCCGAAGGAGGGCAGCAGUGAGAUGCUCAGUACUGGGCAGGUCAAAGUCUCAGAGUAUGUCGGUCUACCAACACAAGAAUGGCAAUUUUCAAGUGGCAUCGAGACUUCGAGCAUGUCAAAUUACAGCUUCACCUGUCUCGCGCCGGCUCAAAAUCCAAACCAGUUUGAGUACUCUUAUUCUGAACACCCAGCAGGUCUGCUCAACUUGAAUCUCGGGAUGGAUUGGCAUUUAGGGGACCCCAGCAACGACAUCUCAAUGGAAGAUUUCAUAUCCCUUAAUAGCUCUACGGAGGGCUUUUUCUUUACAGAGGGCUACCUAUCUUCAGUAUAA